GUGAGACGCAAAAUACAAAUGCGAUAGUUAGCUGCUUUUUAAAAAAGUACGUUGUCCGGAUUCAGAACCAGGAUAUUCCUGUGGCGUGAGGGACGUGUCUUGCGGUGCAAUGGCUUUAUCCCAGUGCUUGGAUGAUUCUCCGGGGUUGAGGCCGUUUAUGCGUGGUAACAUUAACAUUCAGGAGCUGUACAACGAACGGCACCGGCUUGCUUUGGAGGAGCUGGUCGCGGGUGGGGUAAACGCUUACUCGGAUUUCUUAAAAAAGGAGAAGAUACCCAAUUUUCUGUCCGACGAGGAAAUCCAAGGAAUCAGCAGCGCUGCGGUAGUGCCGCGAUGCGGGUCUCUGGCAGGGGAGGAUACGGGAUUGGAACACUCCAUGACUAGCUCGAUGGAUUGCUCCUCCGUCACUUACUUCCCCGAGGUGUCGGACGUUGAGCCCCCGCUUCUGGAAAUCGGCUGGCCGGCAUUCACCACAGGUUCUUACCGGGGAGUCACCAGGGUUGUCGCCCACUUUCAACCCAGCUACGGCGAGAGCAUCUACAGCUGCAAAGAAGCUGCGAGAAGAAUGAUCAAAAGCGCAAAAGAGGUGAUUGCUGUGGUGACUGACUCCCUCACAGACCUGGAUAUCUUCAGGGACCUGCAGGAGGCCUGUACCCAGCGCAGGGUUCCCGUGUACAUCCUGCUGGACCAAUCCUGUGUCCCCUCCUUCCUGCAGAUGUGCCAGCACCUCAACCUGCCCCUGGAUGAACUACGGCAAAUGCGUGUGCGCACCAUAACCGGGGCCACCUACUUCCUGCGCUCUGGAGCCAGGAUCACGGGGAAGGUGCACGAGCGCUUCAUGCUUAUUGACGGAAACCGCGUGGCCACAGGCUCGUACAGGUUCAACUGGACGGACGGUAAGCUGAACAGCAGCAAUCUGAUCGAGAUGUCCGGCCAGGUCACGGAGCACUUCGACGAGGAGUUCCGCAUCCUGUACGCGCAGUCGCUGCCCAUCAACGCGCGGCCUGCCCCCAGAAGCGCCCGGAACAGCGGCAUCUACGAGCACCUCCUUCUCAAGCCUCCUGCCGCAGCUCCGUCCUCUCCGGCCUGCGCCGCCCCCUUGGAGCUGGAACCCGAGCUCAGCAGGAUGACCAGCACUCCCAACCGGGAGCAGGGGCCCGGCGGGGGGCCGGGGGAGCGCAGCCGGAAGAGCAGCGCGCUGUCCGACUCCUCCACGCUCGGCGAGGACUGGAUGGAGCAGGAGCACGUGAGGGAGGUGGUCGUUAGUGGGAUCCCCGCUGCCGCGCCCACGGACGCUCCCAUAGUCAUGUUCCCGGAGGGCGAGGGGCCUCCUGCUUCGUCUGUCCCGGCCCCUGCCUCCUGCCACACCUCCACGCAGACCUGCACCCACAUGGCAGACCACUGCGUGCAGACCGACCCGGAGGCUCCGCCCAAACGCCCCCGCCUGACCGCCCUCUCUCCCGGCGCCGUCGCCCGGAGCGACGCCGGCCCCGCCCCCGACGCCCAGCCCCGUCUGCCCGUCCUGCAGCCCCCGCCCCCCGACGGGAACCUGCGCGACUGCUUCCGCAAGCUCACCAAGGAGCGGCAGUACCACUACUCCUCCAUCCGCACCAAACUGGACCACAUGGUGGCGCUGCUGUCCCACCGCCGCGAGCUGGUGGACCUCACCAACCUGGCGCUCAGCCCGCGCCUGCACCGCGCCCGCAAGGGCCAGCUGCCGGACCGCUCGGCCAACCCACACGGCACCGAGAACCCACUCGUCAACCCCUGGGGCCGCCAACGUUGCCUGCAGUGAGGGCCCUGCGCGGGCCUUGUGCGUGUCUGAAAUGCGUGUCUGAAAUGCCACUGCUCUUUACAUGCUGGUGAUAUUUGCAAAAUGCCCCUGCAGAGAAUACUCAACCAAAGUGUCAGUAACCGUAUAAAAUAGGAUUUUGAAUAUUGGGUGAUGGUAGAUGUUUCUAGAAAAAUAUAUAUAUGUGCAGGCAUUUUACUGGUGUUUAAAGGGUUAAAACAUUUCCAAAAAAAUUUUUUGAUCCCGGUCUGGAUGGAUCCCCAUCAGGUCCGUGUUUAGCUGCUGUUGAGUCAUUCACUAGUGCCUCGUGUGACCUGGAAUACUGUGCUGUAGUUACUGUUAGCUUUCUCCCUCUGCCUCCUCCCACAUGUGGCUGUUGUUUGAAGGUAUAUGAUUGCACUGCAGCUCUGCCUUCCUGCUUUUACACCAUGUUUGUGCUGUGCACUUUACUGAAACACAACUCUUUUGGCCUGGGGGCUACAAACAGGCUAUUUAACCCUAAGAACAAGGUGAGAAAGCAAAUAUAUGUGUAUAUUUUUGUGUGUGUUUUGUUUUGUUUCAUUGUUUUAUUCAAACUUGCCCUGGGUUUUAUUCCUUAAUUCUCAUUUCUGUAUUCUGUAAAUAUAAGAGUUUGGCAAGAGAACAGAAAACGCAAACAUGUACGAACGGUCCUAAAAUAGCAAUGCUGUUUUGUUAAAUCUGGCAUGUAUGUACUUGUCAACUCUGUACUGUGUAUGGUGCUUUAUAUUUUUGCUUCCUUUCUCUCCGUCUGCAAAGCUGGCUCUGUCCUGAGAUGCUGUGCUCUACAUGUAGAUGUUGGAAUAUACAGAAUUAUUUUGUCACACUACAAAAUUAUGAACUUUUUGGUAGUGGUGAGAGAUUGCAGGCUUCAGAGAUAAUUUAUUUGUCACGUUUAACAUCAGGUUUUUAUUUUAUUUAUGGGGACCUCAAUCAGAAUUUGUGAAUUGAAAUGUCAUGUCUCAUAUCUCAGCAGGGAGAUGUGAUCACUCCUUGCUUGAAAAAACUGUGAUAAAAGGGAUAAUAAAAUGGGUGAGUAAUGA